CCAAAACGGUCCAUACCAGUGAAACAUCCAGCAACCACACCAGAAGUCGCUGCUAGCCGGGAUUUCAUGCUGGAUUUCGCCGUCGCCUGGGGCCGAACUGAUGAGGAAGGGGACGAGUCUGACAUGUUCGGCAGCGCUUCCCUCCCUUCACCAUCCGCAGCUUCGCCCGCUUUUGUUCAAAAGUAAACUAAAACAGGGAAGAUGAAAUCUUUACAGCUCGUAGUAGCUUUGGACUCUUCAGAAUCAGCUGGUGGACGGUGUCAGGUUCAGGAAACGGCUUUUUUGAUGAAUAUCUUGCCGAUUUUCCGAAUCCAUGUUUUCUUCACUUUCUAUCAGGGUUUCGAGCUAUUUAUAACCGCUGGUGGCACUUGCUCCGUUCAUAUCUUCUCGCCUUUCAAGGAGGUGGAGGGUGAUAGUUGAUUGCUUACAGUGUUUUGGGCUAUUCUUUCAUACUUGGCUAGUCCCUCUACUCUCUUCGAGAUGAACAAUCCUCAGCAGCAUGGUCAAAAUGAAGAGCAUGAACCAAUUAUCCCAGGAUUCGAAACCCCGCCAUCACCUAAGUCCAGUUAUGACAAUGUGUAUAACAUAAAAGAAGACGAAGGGCGGGGGCUCCCGCCUGAGGCUCCUCCAUAUCUUUUGGAACCUAUGACCAUCAGGAGAUUAACCACUGGUCAAGAGACACCUGACCAGACACCCCACCGUGUGGUCUUGAACCAUCUCUGCACCAAUGUGUAUGACAGGAAGUUUUCAUGGGAACCGGUGGGAGUGGCAACAACUCACCGCGUUGGCUCAAAAUAUGUGACCAAUGUUCUUUACAAACCGCCUCCUCAGAAGGGAAACGGGAGCCCCAACUGCACCAGAGAUGCUCAAGUGUAAUAGUUUUUUAUAUUUAAAUACGAGUAUUUAUUUAUAACAAAACGUGCAGUGAAAUGUUUGGAGUGUUAACUUAAUUUCAUAGCGUGCAUUAGGGAAUGCUCUGGUUUGCAUCUUCCUGGUCAUAACCAUAUGGAUUCUGUUAUGUUCAAAACUCCAAAUAUAUGAACCAUAAUGAACAAUAAUAGGUACUCCUUAUUUGAUAAGAGU